UUCCUGGACCUCGCCACUCUCGAGCUCGGCUCAUUUCGUCGUUGGAGUGGAGGUGCAUAGCUCGACAGCUGAUCGCGUUGGUGCCUUGUCGGGGAUCUUGGUGUUCUCCCUCGCAUCAGUCGCAGUAUAUGUUGUGAAUCCGUUCGGUGCGUUCGGUCAGAUCGAUCCGGAAAUCAUCUGCGUACACGCGUCCGCGAUCGAUCGUCCUUGUAACGACACUCGGGAACGACUCCGGAACUAAUAAAGUUUUAUAGUUACUAGUGUACAUUACAGUAACCUGGCGAAUAAAGUCGAUACGUGGAGUGGAAUCGCGUGGAAUAUCGUGGCACAUCCUUGGUUCAGUGCAAAGACUAGUGUGAUCACCUCGUGAUCGCUUUGUACCUGAAACACAUCUUUGUUUUGAGUUUGACAGAUCGAAGAAUUUGACAGAUCGAAGAUGCAGAGCGUCAUCGCCGUGGUAUGAAUUCAGACGUCGCGAUCCACGUAGCUGAGCCCACUUUCGUCCGAGGUACGACUGGAUGAUGGCUGAUCUAAAGAAUCUUACUCUGAGCAGUGGCAGUGCAUCCAGAUACAGCGGCGAUGAACAGGUGCAAUUUAUUCCAGGUGGAAGUAAUCAGGUGACAAUCAGAUCACCCCCUCCAUCCCUCCAUCUGGAAAAUCUCAACAAUGCGGUCCACGGCGGCUCGCAGAACAAUCUCCACUGCAGUUGCAAUGGCACCACGUCGAAUGGGGCUGCAACUGCAGUAUGUACCGGUGGUGUUCUGGUCAGGAAAGUGCCGAACCACAGCGGCGCCAGUCCCGGGCAAGGCAAUAAAAGGCCGGCAGUGUCGCUGACGCAUCUCCCGAAAAGGCCGCCAGUCGACGUGGAGUUCAAGAACCUGGCCUAUAGCGUGUCCGAAGGCAGAAAGAGAGGAUAUAAAACUAUUCUGAAAUGCGUAAACGGAAAAUUCAGAUCUGGAGAAUUAACAGCCAUUAUGGGACCUUCCGGCGCUGGAAAGAGCACGCUUAUGAAUGUUUUAGCAGGAUACAAAACAUCCCAUUUAAAUGGCUCAGUACUGAUAAACGGAAAGGACAGGAAUCUCAGAAGAUUUCGAAAAAUGUCGUGCUAUAUUAUGCAGGACGAUCGACUUUUGCCGCAUCUGACUGUUUACGAAGCAAUGACUGUCUCAGCGAAUUUAAAAUUAGGGAAGGAUAUCAGCGCAACUGCCAAGAAAGUAGUGAUUGAGGAGAUUAUUGAGACGCUUGGCCUACGCGAAGCCAGCAAUACGCAAACCCAGAAUCUCAGUGGAGGACAGAGGAAGAGGCUGUCGAUAGCGCUGGAGCUUGUCAAUAACCCUCCAGUUAUGUUUUUCGACGAGCCAACUUCCGGCUUAGAUAGUUCCGCUUGUUUCCAAUGUCUCAGUUUGCUCAAAUCUUUAAGUAGGGGAGGAAGAACCAUUAUAUGCACGAUCCAUCAACCAAGUGCGCGAUUGUUCGAGAUGUUCGAUCAUCUGUACCUGCUUGCCGAAGGCCAGUGUAUAUAUCAGGGUAACGUCGGUGGCCUAGUGCCCUUCUUAUCAUCGAUGGGUCUCGAUUGUCCAAGUUAUCACAAUCCAGCGGAUUACGUGAUGGAAGUCGCUUGCGGAGAGCAUGGCGAGUGCGUUCAUAAGCUCGUGAUGGCUGUGAAUAAUGGCAAAUGCAAUAAUUAUCAGCAUCAUCAAGCAGACAUCUCCGCGGCGCAGACAGUUUCAAAUGACAUCGCCAAAGAAUCGCCACAAGAGCAAACAAAAUCGGAAGGCGCUGCUCUAAUACCGAACGGUGUGGCAAAGCCGCCAGGCACGACGAUGAUAAAUAUGCCGGUUUCUUGCACAACGUCAUUGUUAGAUAGCGUGGAAAGCAUAGAGCAAAAGGUUGGCUUUCCGACGAAUGGUUGGGUGCAAUUUUGGAUAUUGCUCAAGAGGACUUUUCUAUCGCAAAUGCGAGACAUGACGCUAACAAGAGUAAGAUUGAUUUCGCAUAUAAUCGUCGGCUUUCUGAUCGGUGCGAUUUAUUACGACAUCGGUAAUGAAGCGUCCGAAGUUAUGAGUAAUGCCGGAUGCGUCUUCUUUACGGUGAUGUUUCUAAUGUUUACCGCGAUGAUGCCUACUAUAUUAACAUUUCCGAUGGAAAUGUCCGUAUUCGUGCGAGAACAUUUAAAUUAUUGGUACUCGGUGAAAGCCUUUUAUUUCGCAAGAACUUUGGCGGAUUUGCCGUUUCAAAUGGUAUACUCUAUAGCCUAUGUGAUGAUCGUAUACUUUAUCACAUCGCAACCAUUGGAAACGGAGCGUUUUCUUAUGUACUUAAAUAUAUGUAUACUGACAUCGUUAGUUGCACAAUCUAUCGGUCUGCUGAUAGGAGCAGCAAUGAGCGUGGAGACUGGGGUAUUUAUCGGACCCGUAAUGUCGGUCCCAAUCGUCCUAUUCUCCGGCUUCUUCAUCAAUUUCAACGCCAUUCCAAAAUAUUUGAAGUUCCUCUCGUAUGUGAGUUACGUGAGAUACGGUUUCGAGGGUGCCAUGAUCUCCGUGUACGGUUACAAUCGGGCGAAGCUCAAGUGUUCCGAGUACUACUGCCACUUUAAGAGUCCGACAAAGUUCCUCGAACAAAUGUCCAUGGAGAACGCGGUCUACUGGGUGGACGUUGUUGCCCUAGUCGGCUUUCUGCUCGGUCUCAGAGUGGUCGUUUACUUCGUGCUGAGACUCAAGCUGCGAUCCCUUCGUUAAAUUUUCUAAUUAAUAAUCCAGGACAGACAAUAAUCACGACGCUACGGCCGUCGUUGCGUCGGGACUGUGACCUGGAUCUCAACGAAGAUUACGUUUUUUUAAACGUGUAAGACGAAUGACAAAACAGACGAUCGCGCACAAAGAACAAUUCGAUCUCGAGAUCGACAAGAAUAGCAAUUCUAUUCUUAUUGUCGCAUUGAUAAGCGGCAAAGAUCAUUGCAUAAAAGGAAUAUUGACGAAAAGAUUACACACGCUUUUGAGUAGAGAUAUGAGGGAACAAGGUAAAUCGUCUUUGAUUAAACCAAUCGUUUGACAUGCGAACUUUUUGAUAUGAUAAUUUAAGUCGUUAAAUACCGCAAGAUACUUAAUUUUAUGUUUGUCUUUAUAAAAGCAUGAUAUUUUUUAUUGAUUCCAUUCAUGUAAAUGAUAUGUGUGUGAUAGAAUAUUAAUGUUUCAAGGGAUUUAAUUAUUAUUAAUCAAAAUAGUUAUGACUUAUUAUGUUACCAAACUGAAUCUGAUCUCU